CACCAUUCAAGUAGAACAUUGGGAUGCAUCGAAGGACUUCCCGAAGUGGGAAGGAAUGAUGCAAUGCAGGUAUUGCCUGACCGAAUUCCGGAUCGACUUCAAAAAGUGUGGAAGACACCGCACUGCGAUGUUCGUCACAAGGUGGAUGGAUUUGGGUGAAGGUCGGUCACCUCUGGAUCCGAGAUGGGCCAGUCAUGUACGUGUGGAUGGAAGGACAUCCCAAGUCCCGGUGAAUUUUGAACGAGGCUCUAUCUGCGCUGCGUUCGAGCAGCAGGAGUAUUCCCGGUUCGAGUUUGAUUCUCUUUUGACACCACAGGACUGGAAGCGGCUCCUUCGGAAAAUCCCUUCAGAAAGACGACCUUCCCUGCCAGAAUACCACCUGUAGAGUAUUGUUGGCGGAACCAUGAGGGCCAUAUAUACAAAUACUGCGAUUUCGAACCAGGAAGUCAUGGGGGCGGUUGAUGGAGACUUAUCAUGGAGGAACGAGACUUACAAAAGGGUAGAAGAUCAGAAGGUCUGGCAUGGCGGUGGAGGAAGAUGCUCUGCUCAUACUGACAGCACUGAAUUUGUGGACAAGCCAACGCCUGAAUUCCACAGAGCAAAAGCUUUAAGAGC